UAGGGUUGUACGCGGGGGCGCGCGUUGUUCGUAUUCCAUCGCACUGCGCGCGCUCCCGCUUUCUCCUUUCCUCUCCUCUCCUCUCUUCCCUCCGCAGUGUAGCGGGGUUCCUGAGGAGGAGGAUGUGGUGAAAAAAAAUGGCGGAGUUGCAGAUGCUGCUGGAGGAAGAGAUUCCCGGCGGCCGGAGGGCCUUGCUGGAUAGCUAUACCAAUCUUGAGAGAGUGGCUGAUUAUUGCGAGAACAACUACAUCCAGUCUGCAGAUAAGCAGAGAGCCCUAGAAGAAACCAAAGCCUACACAACACAGUCCUUAGCUAGUGUGGCAUAUUUGAUCAACACAUUAGCCAACAAUGUCCUUCAGAUGCUGGAUAUUCAAGCUUCUCAGCUUCGGAGGAUGGAGUCCUCAAUCAAUCAUAUAUCGCAGACGGUGGACAUCCACAAAGAAAAGGUUGCUAGAAGAGAAAUCGGAAUUUUGACAACUAACAAGAAUACUUCUCGAACACACAAGAUAAUUGCACCAGCAAACUUAGAGCGACCAGUGCGUUACAUUCGAAAACCAAUUGACUACACAAUUCUUGAUGACAUUGGGCACGGAGUCAAAUGGUUGCUUAGAUUCAAGGUCAGUACACAGAAUAUGAAGAUGGGAGGGUUGCCGCGUACCACUCCUCCCACGCAGAAGCCACCUAGUCCACCAGUGACUGGCAAAGGAACUCUUGGGCGACACUCACCCUAUCGCACAUUGGAACCUGUGCGUCCCCCUGUGGUACCAAAUGACUAUGUACCAAGCCCCACACGUAACAUGGCUCAGUCACAGCAACAGAGCCCUGUUAGAACAGCUUCAGUCAACCAGAGGAACCGCACAUACAGUAGCAGUGGGAGUAGUGGAGGCAGUCAUCCCAGUAGUCGAAGCAGCAGUCGCGAGAACAGUGGAAGUGGCAGCGUGGGGGUCCCAAUUGCUGUACCUACUCCAUCUCCUCCAAGUGUUUUUCCAGCCCCUGCUGGCUCAGCUGGCACUCCUCCCAUCCCUGUUACCUCCACACCUGCCCCUGUCCCUCAUACUCCUGCUACUGCCCCCUCCUCCUCAACCACCCCAGACGCUGCUGCAGGAGCUCAACCCCCUGCUGAUGGUUUCACCUCUCCAACUCCCCCUGCUGUUUCCUCUACUCCUCCUACAGGUCAUCCUGCUCAAUUCUACAGUAUGAACAGGCCAGUGUCUCGGCAUAACCCACCAACAAUAGGGGGUUCGCUUCCCUAUCGACGCCCCCCAUCGAUGACCUCACAGCCGAGUCUUCAGAACCAGAUAAAUGGAGGACCCUUUUACAGCCAAAAUCCAGUAUCCCAUGCUCCUCCACCUCCUCCCUCCAUCCUGCAAGUAACUCCACAGUUGCCUUUAAUGGGAUUUGUGGCAAGAGUUCAAGAAAACAUUACAGAGACACCACCUCCACCUCCUCCUGCAGAAGAGCCGGUAUUUGACGAAUCUCCUCCUCCCCCACCACCUCCAGAGGAUUAUGAGGAGGAGGAAGCUGCUGUUGUUGAGUACAGUGAUCCAUAUGCUGAGGAAGAUCCUCCUUGGGCCCCACGGACCUAUUUAGAGAAGGUUGUGGCAAUUUACGACUACUCAAAAGAUAAAGAUGAUGAGCUUUCCUUUCAAGAAGGAGCCAUCAUAUACGUCAUUAAGAAGAAUGAUGAUGGGUGGUAUGAGGGAGUUAUGAAUGGGGUGACAGGGCUGUUCCCAGGCAACUAUGUGGAGUCAAUCAUGCACUAUUCUGAAUGAUGACUACAUAAGGAGCAGUGAAAACUUCCUCAACAGGAACCAUUGAGGCUUCCGAGAAUUAUGUGGGCCUUUGAGGGGGCCAAGUGAACAGACUGAAGAGGAUCGAUGUGGUUAAACCUCUUAUUUUUUACCCCCUCUUUUUUCUUACCUUUAAAUGAAAUGAUAAUUUACGUUGUUUGACUAAUGGUGAUCUUCUGAAGUUCAGUGGACUCAAAAUGUGAAAAGGCUGUUUAUUAUCUAUAAUCCCUUUAUCCAGCCCUUCUUCGUACUGCCCUGGGAUCAUGGCUAUUUGACCAAGCAAUUAAAAUUAUUAAAUCUC